AUGGAUUCAACCAAUAAGACUUCAGUUGAGGAAUUUGUUUUACUAGGUUUUGGAGUUGGACAGCACAACCGUGUGCUGCUCCUCGUCCUUUUCACUUUUCUCUAUGUCCUCACUUUGGCUGAGAACAUCACCAUUAUUAUCUUGGUGUUUCUAGACACCCAUCUGGGCCGACUUCCAAUGUACAUCCUGCUGAGUAACUUCUCCUGGUUGGAAAUGUGCUACGUCUCCUCCAUAGUUCCUCGCAUGAUCUUUGAUUUAGCAGUUCCUGGCGGCAUCAUUUCUUUCAAAGGGUGUUUAAUCCAGUUCUACAUCUUCUUCAUCCUUGGAGGCACUGAAUGCUUUUUCCUUUCAAUUAUGGCCUUAGAUCGGUACGCGGCCAUCUGCCACCCAUUGCACUACCCACAGAUGAUGUCUCAAAACCUCUGCUACAUUCUGGUGGCUGUUUGUUGGAUCCUUGGCUUUCUGUGGUAUCUUGUCCCAGCGGUGUUGAUCUCUAAGUUGUCCUUUUGUGGCUCCAAUGUAAUUGACCACUUUUUGUGUGAUGCUGGCCCAAUCUUAUCCCUGGCUUGCCCUCCGCUUGGGAUAGUUCCCACUUUGAGCCAGGUUUGCCUCAGCGGUCUGCUCUUAGGUAAUAUGACGUUUGUUAUUCUGUCCUACAGCACUGUGAUUUUCACUCUAAUGAAGACGUCCAACAAAGGCAGUCGUAAGAAGGGAUUUUCCACCAUCUCUUUCCAUCUAAUUGUGGUCUCGCUUUUCUAUGGUUCAGUGACAGGCAUGUACUUGUUGCCAGGUGGAGAAAGUCAGCUGGGUAUCACUAAGGCAAUGACGCUCUUCUAUACCACGUUUACACCUUUUCUCAACCCCUUGAUCUACUGUCUGAGGAACAACCAAGUGAAAGAAGCACUGAAUACAUUACUAAGGAGAAAGAUGAGACUCCUAUGGAACAAAGAAUAG